UCCACCCUUGUGACCCCGCCUCCGCCGGUGUGGCCCAGCUUCCGACCUCAGCUCGACCUCGGCCCUCUUGGCCGCGCCUCCCGCGGCCCCUGGUGGACCUGAGCGGUCUCCCGCCUCCGCUAUGGCCGCGCCGGUGACGCGGCAGGUCAGCGGCUGCGCAGGUCGGGUCCUGAGCCCGAGCGGCUCGGACACAGAGCGCGGGCAGCCACUGGCAGAUGCCGUAGCGGAGCUGCCGGUGCUGGACGCGUCCGGGAGACGGGUGACGUUCGGCGCGCUGUUCCGGGAGCGGCGGGCCGUGGUGGUGUUCGUGAGGCAUUUCUUGUGUUACGUCUGUAAAGAAUACGUCGAGGAUCUGGCCAAAAUCCCCAAGAGCUUCCUCCAAGAAGCAGAUGUAACCCUCAUAGUGAUUGGACAGUCAUCAUACCAUCAUAUUGAGCCUUUCUGCAAACUAACUGGAUAUUCUCAUGAAAUCUAUGUUGAUCCUGAGAGAGAAAUUUAUAAAAGAUUGGGAAUGAAAAGAGGUGAAGAAAUUUCCUCCUCAGGACAGAGCCCCCACAUAAAGUCCAGCCUGCUCUCGGGAAGCCUUCAGAGCCUGUGGCGAGCAGUCACUGGCCCACUUUUUGACUUCCAAGGAGACCCAGCUCAGCAAGGCGGAACCCUCAUUUUAGGUCCAGGUAACAGCAUCCACUUUGUGCACCGAGACAGGAAUAGGUUGGAUCACAAACCCAUAAACUCUGUUUUACAGCUUGUGGGAGUUCAGCCUGUGAACUUCAUGAGCAGACCUACAGUUAUCCAUGUGUGACUUCACGUAGGAUCUUCCACUUGUGAAUGGGCCCUUGAAACAUGAACCAAAAUGCCAGGCAUCAUGGCUUCACGAGGUCAUGAAAACACAAAGCUCAUGUGCCUAUAGAACUCUAUGCUGAGAGCCAUCAGUUGUCAAACAUGGGAUAGGCAUUUUAAAUUUUAUAGCCUCUAUAAUUAUCCAUUCAAUAAAAUAUUUUUGGCAACUAAAUAAUUAGAAGGAGGACUGGAAAAUUUUUUCAGUGGUUAAGAGCACUUGCUUCUCUUGCAGAAGACCCAGGUUUGGUUCCCAAAACCCACAGGAUGGCUCACAGUUAUCUGUAACUUCAGUUCCAAGGAAUCCAACACCCUCUUCUGGCCUUGGGGACCAGGUGCACAUGUAGUAAACAGGCAUAAAUGUAGGGAAACACUCAUACACAUAAAAUAAGAAUAAAUAAAUCACCGGGCAGUGGUGGCACAUGCCUUUGAUCCUAGCACUUGGAAGGCAGAGGUAAGCGGAUCUCUGUGAGUUUGAGGCCAGCCUGUUCUACAGAGUAAGUUCCAGGAUGGCUAGGGCUGUUACAGAGAAACCCUGUCUCAAAAAAACAUUAAAAAAAAAAAAGGAAAAAAUAAAUCUUAUAAAACUACAUACAUAUAUGCAUGUGUGUCUGAAGGGAAGGUAAGAAUGGGCCAGGUAUGAUGGUACAGGCUUGUAAUCCUAACACUGAGAAGUGGGAACAGGAGUGCAUCCUGAGCUGUAUGGGGAAGAGCCUUAGAAAAAUAGUCAGUUAAUGGAAGGGGGAAGGCAACUCACCAGUUUUACUUAGUAGGUGAAAAAAAAAAAAAAAAACAAGAACAGAUUAUCAAAUUCUGUAAACAGUGUAACCACAUAUACGUGUGGUUUUUUUAUGUUCUUGGAGAAAAGAUAGUAAGCACAGCACAACACUGCCAGUAGGGGUGUGUGUGUCUGUGUGGUGUGGUUAUAGGUGUUUCUGCUGGCUUUCCAAGUUCUGUAUUUCCUAUGUUUUCUUAUAAGCUCGGCUGAUUUGGGGGUGGGGCAGGCAUGAAAGGACAAAUGCCUGCCUGCCUGCAUCAAACUCCAACACCAUGCAGGUGACAGUGGUCGCCUCCCAUGUGAGGAGUCAUUGGUCAAUGAAAAUAAGACCUCAGAGAUAGCAGAGGGCCUGGUCAGCACACACUCACAUCUAUUGCACUAGGAUUGUUUUGGUGGAAUUAAGUGAGUUGAGGGAAAUACUUGAUUUGGCCUAGGGGCUGCGCUUGGGGAUCAAAACCAAAGUUUUCAUGCAUGUGAACACAUAUUCUUCUAUCACUGAGCUGUAUCCCAGUGCUGACCAUAUUUUAAAUAUUUAAAUAUCUAUAACAAGGCACCUAGAAUGUGUGCAGCUCUAGAUUUUAUCCCUAGCAGUGUACACACACACACACACACACACACACACACACACACACACACACACACACAAAUACCACUCAA